AGCCCCGUAAGAAAUACCUUAUCCGUCACCUUCUUCCAACCCCGAAAGCUUCUUCUGACGUCACGAAAUAGCUUCAAUGGAUAAUUCCACUUUUUCAGUAAUUUCACCGCCAAAAGUAUCCUUCUUUCCCAUAUAAAUACUUUCGUCGCGUGCCCGCCAUUCGAAACCCACCAUACCCAAACUCCUAAAACCUCAAUUCCUUCUCUCUGUCCCCAAAAGAGUUUCAGAGACUGAAACAUUGCUUCAUUCAUUUCAUCAAUUCUGUUUCUUAAUGGAGAGGAAAGAAGUCUCUUCUUGUAAGCCUAUGUGGGUUCGAUCCAAUUGCAUCGGAAAAGGUUCAUUCGGAACAGUAAGCCUCGCCUCCUCUGUAUCCGAUGGACGAGUCUUUGCAGUGAAAUCAGUGAACCCGAGCUCAUCCCUCACUGCCCACCUUGAAUCAUUAGAGAACGAGAUUCAAAUCCUCAGUUCUCUAUCCUCUCCUUAUGUGGUUCAGUACCUCGGCGAUGAUCUGACCCACGAAUCCGGCGACAUUAGUUACCGGAAUCUGCAUAUGGAGUACUUGCAGGGAGGCACAGCUGCUGACGUGGCGUCCCGGUUUGGUGGAAAAGGUGAUGAGCGUGUCGUAAGGUCCUAUGCAUGGUGCAUCGUAUCUGGGUUGAGGUAUGUGCACGCCAAGGGUUUCGUUCACUGCGAUGUCAAGGGGAAGAAUGUGCUUCUGGGUUCUGGUUCUACCGCCGGCGUGGCCAAGUUGGCAGAUUUCGGUUCGGCAAAGCGGUUCUCCGGCGAAGGAAAGACGGUAUUUCCCCGAGGGAGUCCGCUUUGGAUGGCACCAGAGGUGGUUCGAGGGGAGAGUCAAGGGCCAGAGUCCGACAUAUGGUCACUGGGUUGUACGGUCAUCGAGAUGGUUACUGGGAAACCAGCUUGGGAAGAUCGGGGUGCCGACACGCUUUGCCGGAUUGCAUUCUCUGAUUCUGUGCCGGAAUUCCCAGAUGAACUGUCAGACCUGGGUCGCGACUUCAUCGACAAAUGCUUCAGGAGAGAACCCAGUGAGAGAUGGACUUGCGAGCAGCUUCUCCAUCACCCAUUCGUGUUAGUCGAAACCGUUACAGUGUCAUCACCUAGAUCAAUACUCGAUUGGCCCUCCUCAGAAUUCGACGACAACGACAACGACGACGAUGGCAAUGAUGAAGAAGAAAUUGAAUUUAGUGAUUCUGAGAAUUCGAACUUAAAUUCAGGACGAUUAGUGGUUUCUGCGAUGGAGAGAAUUAGGGGAUUAGCUACUGGUGAAGUAAUUUGGGAAUCUGAUGGUUGGGAACUGGUAAGGUCUUCGGGUUUGGUUUGGAACAGGGGAGUAGCAGAGACUGCAAGUGGUGGAGAGGAUGAGGGAAGAAGGAGGACAAGUUUGGAAUAUUCGGAUUUGAGGAGUGAAAGAGAGGAAAAGGCGGCGACUAGUACUUCAGAAACGUGGAAUAUUGGGACAGAACUUGAACGCGAAGGAAGUGAAGGGAUAGAUUCUGAAUAUUUGGAUUCUAUUGCUGGAACUUACAGUGAGAGUGUAGGGGAGAGUCAGUGGGUGUCUUACGUGAGAACCUGCCCUUAUUGGUGGGAAUCUGACAACAAAGCUGGUUUGGGUUGGCAUAUUGGGCUGUUGCCAAUUAGAAGCAAGGGCUUUUACAGCUGUAGUAAUUUUUUAUUUUUUAUUAAUGGUAUUAUAUUAUUUUAUUUUGUCCACGUGUCACAGUCAUGUGACACCUCUCUCUCUCUCUAAAAUUUGAGCUGAAAGGUUGAAACAGGGCACAUGAGAUGACCAUAGUCUUCAUAGGAAGGGACCAAAGCAUAAGCUGGUAAAGCCUAAUCCCAUAAAAGUCUCAAAAGAGAGAGACUAGUAUUUCGGACCCAGUUUCCUUUCACCCAUGGGCAUUGAUACCAUUGAAGUCCAAGGAGAGGGGCAGGCCAACAGCAGCCUGUAUAGUUGGUUAGGAACUACUUGUCAAAGGAGCCUUCCGUUUGACAUGUUUGAUGUACGAGUCCUCCUCCCUCCUGUUGGCCACCCUUCCUUUAAUUGGGAUGCCUUGCGAGACUUUGGGCUGUCAUCUUAGUUGGUCCAUGGACCCUUGAUAGGAAUUGUCAAAAAAAAAAAAAAGAGGAAGAAGGGGUCAUUUCGAUCCCAAAUGAUUGGAGGUAAGAGCUUGUGAUACAUCAAAGGGAUUCUUCCUUUCCUACUAGUGAAAGAACUUUCACCUUUUAGAGAGAAGUUUUUUUUUCACCUGUGAUGAAGAGAUAAUCUCUUCACCCAUGAAUUAUGUUGCGUGGUGGGACUCCUAAAAUAGUGAUUCAUCAC